UUAUCGUUGGUGCGUGCGGGUUAUUAUAUAUAGGGGAAGAUCAACGAGACGUAUGUGGCAGGUGUGGGUUCUUCAAUUCAUUCUAGUUCUGGAUUCCGACUAGCCGCGUUGACUCGGUUCCGUUUUUCAUUCUCGCGGAUCUAAUAUUAAGGAAUAGCUUAAGGGCACAUUACAAUGAAGGCAUUGAUUCUGGUUGGGGGAUUUGGAACAAGGCUGAGGCCACUGACACUCAGUUUCCCUAAGCCUCUUGUUGAUUUUGCUAACAAGCCUAUGAUUUUGCAUCAGAUAGAAGCCCUUAAGGCCAUUGGAGUGACUGAGGUAGUGCUAGCCAUCAAUUACCAACCAGAGGUUAUGUUGAAUUUCUUGAAGGAUUUUGAAUCAAAGCUCGGCAUCAAGAUCACAUGUUCUCAGGAAACUGAACCACUGGGAACAGCAGGUCCCCUGGCUCUUGCUAGGGAUAAGCUGAUAGAUGAUUCUGGAGAACCCUUUUUUGUUCUCAACAGUGAUGUUAUCAGUGAGUAUCCACUUAAAGAAAUGAUUGAAUUCCAUAAAAGCCAUGGAGGAGAGGCUUCCAUAAUGGUAACAAAGGUUGAUGAGCCAUCAAAGUACGGCGUGGUUGUGAUGGAAGAGAGCACAGGGCAGGUUGAUAAAUUUGUUGAAAAACCGAAGUUGUUUGUUGGUAACAAAAUCAAUGCUGGAAUUUACCUGCUGAACCCCUCUGUUUUGGAUCGAAUUGAACUGAGGCCCACUUCUAUUGAGAAAGAGGUGUUUCCAAAGAUUGCUGCAGAGAAAAAGCUAUUUGCAAUGGUCCUGCCAGGAUUUUGGAUGGACAUUGGACAACCGAGGGACUAUAUUUCUGGCCUGAGGCUUUACCUGGACUCAUUGAAGAAGAAGUCAUCAUCUAAGUUGGCCAGUGGCUCUCAAUUUGUAGGGAAUGUCAUUGUGGAUGAGACAGCCAAAAUUGGUGAGGGAUGUCUCAUUGGACCUGAUGUUGCUAUUGGUCCUGGCUGCAUUAUUGAGCAAGGUGUUAGACUCAAAAGCUGCACAAUAAUGCGUGGAGUCCGGGUUAAGAAGCAUGCUUGUGUAUCCAGCAGUAUUGUUGGGUGGCAUUCCACUGUUGGGCAAUGGGCUCGAGUGGAUAAUAUGACCAUCCUUGGAGAAGAUGUCCAUGUAUGUGAUGAAAUUUACAGCAAUGGUGGUGUUGUUUUGCCACACAAGGAGAUCAAGUCAAAUAUUCUGAAGCCGGAGAUUGUCAUGUGAGUGAGGUCAAUGAUGUUCAAAAUGGUAGCAUGUGGUGAGGAGGUAGAAAAAUUAUUGAGUCUGAAAUGUUUGUCCGUUUCAUUUUGUUUUUCUUUUUACUUCAUGGCGUUUCUUUUCUUUUUAUAGGUCAGUUUUUUGGAUUAGAAUGAGUGAUGCCAUUGCAUUGAUGAAAAGGUCAGCAUCUUUGUAAAUGGCGUUAAGUUUGGUCUGUGCAAAAGUUGUGUAUUUUGAGUGUGUAUAGAAAUAAAUUAUUGGUUAGUGGUUUCUCUCCA